GUCACUUUGCUGCGACCCGAGGCAAGUAAACAUUUCCGCUGUGUCGCGAUGGACUCAAACAAGGACGAAGCCGAUCGGUGCAUCAAAAUAGCCCUGAACGCGAUCGGCAACAACCAGCCAGACAAAGCCAGGAAGUUCCUGGACAAGGCGCAGCGCCUGUUUCCCACGGAUCGAGCCAAAAACUUGUUGGAGUCGUUAGAGCAGAACGGGAAGCCUCCGGAGGAGAACGGCGGCCCUGUGAACGGAGACGGACCCGCUAUGAGGCACCGCGGCCCCGCAGAGCAGCCGGCCGGGUCCGCACCGGGGGCCACGGACUCGGCCAAGCCCUUCACUGCCGAGCAGCUCGAAGCUGUCAGAAAAAUUAAGAGCUGUAAAGAUUAUUACCAAACUCUGGGAGUUGAAAAGACGGCCUCUGAAGAGGAUCUUAAAAAGGCUUACAGGAAGCUGGCCUUGAAAUUUCACCCAGACAAAAAUCAUGCACCUGGAGCCACAGAGGCAUUUAAAGCUAUUGGUAAUGCCUACGCCGUACUAAGCAACACUGAUAAACGAAAGCAAUAUGACCAGUAUGGAGAGGAACGAUCACAUCCAACCAGACAGAGACACCAGCGUGAUUUUGAAGCAGACAUUUCACCCGAGGACCUCUUCAACAUGUUCUUCGGUGGAGGCUUCCCGUCAAGUAACGUACACGUUUACAGAAACGGAAGAAUGCAUUUUGCACAACACAACAGACAAGAAAGACGAGGAGAACAACAGAGAGAUGGAGGACUGGCUCUCUUUGUCCAGCUGAUGCCUAUCUUAAUCCUUAUCAUUGUUUCUGCUCUCAGCCAGAUGAUGGUUACCCAGCCCCCUUACAGCCUUAGCUACCGCCCAUCAGCUGGACACAUUCACAAAAGGCAUACAUCCCACCUGAAGGUGCCUUUUUACGUGGGAGAUCGUUUCAAUGAAGAAUAUUCUGGGAAUAACAUGAAGAAUUUGGAGAGAAGUGUAGAAGAUGACUAUAUCUCCAACCUUAGAAACAACUGUUGGAAGGAAAAGCAGCAGAAGGAAGGCUUACUGUACCGUGCUCGUUACUUUGGGGAUUCAGAAUUGUACCAAAGGGCACAGAGAAUGGGGACGCCCAGCUGUUCCAGACUAUCAGACAUUCAGGUCCUAUUGGAUGGCUAGAAACCACUUGCACAUACAUGGGUUCCUCUGUACUUGAAUCUAAUUAGAAGAAAUUGGUCGGAGCCCACUCAGAUUGGAGCAUAUUUCUGCGGCAAAACCAAGAGAAUCAAACAUGCCUUAUGUGCAGUGGGCGACAGACCUCAUCAGGGAACCUCUCUGCAACUCGCUGUAGAUUGACUUCCUGUAGAACUGUGAGAAGCUUUGAGUUGACUGCUGACAUUUUCUUACUCUAGUGUCUUCGGGGUGGCGAGAGUCCACUGGGCGUCCGGGGAAAAGUAAGAGAAAAUUUGAACAGUAACGAAGCUGCUAAGUUUAGUUUUCUCUGUCCGGAUCUUUUUCUGUUUUUCCUUAAACAUUUUGAGAAACCUCAUGGCCUUCUCAUAGACAGACGUCUGAGCCACUCACAAGGAGCGUGUGUAAUUUUUAUAGUUCUUACCUAUGUAAAUAUUCAUUUUACUUUUAACAGUUCAGGGUUAAUUGAAGUUAAUAUCAUAUACUAUAAUGUUAUGUGGAAUUGCUUGUAGUCUGUUGGAGUAUUGAGAAUCAUUGCACAAAUAAAACUAAACCAUAUUUAUUAAAUUAACAAGCUAAAAUUGUACAAAGGUUUCUUUAAAUUAAAUUUCUUUAAUGAUUGAUGGGUGCAUAUCUUUUCUGUAAAGCAUUCACGCACACACUCGUGCUUUUAUAAUGAGCUGAUGUGCUCGUACCAAAUUCUGCAUCUUUGAAUCUGAAGUGUGUUAAUAGAAAACUUAAGUAUAGUUAAAUCAGACACUGUGUACUGCACACAGCCUAUUUUAUGAAUGUGCUGUUGAUAGAUACUGUUCUGUCAAUGCAAAUAACAAAUAACAGAUAACAAACUAAUUGUUAUUAACCAUGACAUGAUGUUUUCAGCUGUGUCUUGUGUUUACUUGUUAGCAGAAUUAUGCAAAAACUUCCACCGAACUUGAUUUGGAAAUGACACCUGGUACUGGGAAGAAACCAUUAAAUUGUGAUGCAGAUUAA